AUGAGCGCCACGGACCCGCCGGGACCGGCUGGAGACGGCUCUGGCCUCCGGGGGCCGCUGCUUUCCCUCUUGCAGACGGUCCUCGAUUACCUGGCCCACAGCCACCUUUGGUCAUACUCUAAUGGCAACCUUUACAUGAUGGCAGAACCACUUAAUCUUCAACAUAAUGAAGUUGCAGAUGCAGAUUUAAGCAACAGGGUCACAGGAAGUUCUAUGGAAGACAAAACUGGUAGAGAGAACUGCAUAGCUGCAGCUGAUAAAGAAAAUACUGUGUCACAUCUUAAUUGGAUUAAUGGGAAGCCAAAGAAAUCGCAAUGCUCCUCUAAGAGUGCUUUUUCUAUUUGCUAUGAUAAGAGUUUCUUGAGUUUGUUAGUACCACCCCCUAAAGGAGGCACUUGCCAUCGUUGUGGUCUGUUUGGAAAGCUCAGAUGUUCACGGUGUCUGCAAACAUACUAUUGCUCUGCAGAUUGUCAGAAGAAAGACUGGGCAGCACACAGAGUAGUUUGUGAGCCCCUUAAACAGAAUUUAGAUAAUAGCAAAACCAAGACGGGAGUUUUUCUUAAGGAGGAAGUGAGAUUGAGUUUUGCUGUAGAUGUUGUUCUUCCAGAUUCUGAAGACGGCCUAAAGAAAGUUCCCUUAGAAAUGAAGUCUCAUUUAACUUCAGGGAGUGAUGCCAAAGGAUACUCUCCAAGAGAAUCAGAAAACCAUUCAAAGAGAAGUGAAAAAAAACUACCCGAGGUUGAAGAUGCUCCUCACUGUGCUAAUUCAGUUGCCAAGUUUGUCUCUUUAAAUAUUGGAGAUGAAUUUUCUGGUGUGGUUUCCCACAUUCAAAAUCCAGACACCUUUUUUUGUCAGCGGAUGCAAAGUGCCUGUCAACUUGCUGAGCUUGAAGCAUCUCUUAAUGAAUACUGUGACAAAUUUCCCAGUAGUCCAUCUUUCCGUCCUGCUGCUGGCAAUGUGUGCUGUGCCCAGUUCACAGAAGACAACCUUUGGUAUCGUGCUGCUGUUACAGCUUAUGCUUCUGAAAGCACUGUUUUGGUGGACUAUAUGGAUUAUGGUAACUCUGACUCUCUUCCACUGACCAGACUUCGUCCUAUAAUUCCAAGCUUAAUGGACUUGCCAGCUCAAGCCAUAAGAUGUAGCCUGGCAGGUGUAAAGCCACCAUUAGGAACAUGGACCUCAGAAGCUAUUUCUUACAUGAAAAAACUGGUGAAAGACAAAGUGUUGACAGUAAAAGUAGUGGAUAAAGAGAGUUCUAGAUCUGUGGUGGAGCUUACAGAUGCAUCAGGCACUCCAGCAAUAAAUAUAUCGAGCCUUCUCAUCGAGGAAGGCUGUGCAGCUGAGGAACUGAGCAUGGCCUUACCAGCAGCCAGAGGGAGUGAUGUUGAGCAAGCCAAGGAGGACACAAGGAACAAAAGAAUGUGCAAGUGGAUUAAAUUAACUCUUAACCAAACACUGAGUGUCAUAGUGUGUACAGUUUACAGUCCUGGAGAAUUCUACUGUCAGAUUUCAAACAGCCAUGAGUUGCUUGCUCUAAGCUCGCUUAACAAAUCGUUGUCUGAAUACUGUCAGAAAACACCACCAGAUGUUUUUGAGCCUGAGAAGGGAGACCCUUGCUGUGCUUUUUACUCUGAGGAUGGUAACUGGUAUCGUGCUGUGGUGCAAAGUAUCACUUCAGAUGGAAGUGUUCGAGUGAGCUUUGUGGACUAUGGAAAUACUGAGGAAGUACCACUGCAUAAUAUCCGACACAUCUCAUCCUCAUUCCUAAAACUUCCAUUUCAAGCAAUUAAAUGCUGGCUCUCAGGUGUAAAGCCUGGAAAUAGCAAAUGGAAUCCAGAAGCUACAAGAAGAUUUCAUAUGUGCACUUCAGGCUUAGAACUUCAAGCCACAGUAACUUCCCUUUCUGAAGAUGGGGCAGGUGUAGUGCUUACUGAUAAUUCCACAGAUUGUCCAAAAAUGAUCAAUGAGAUACUAACUUCAGAAAAACUGGUUGUAAAGGAAGUUCUACAAGAUAAAAAUUACUUUCCAAACAAGUCUGUUGACCAAAAAGAAAUCUCACUUGGGCACUGGAAGUCAAUUGAAUUGGCUGUAGAUGAAACCAUGUCUGUCUGGGUAACAGAAGUUGUAAGCCCAGACUUGUUCUAUGCUGUACCAGUUCCAAAUAAAGGUCAAAAGAAUCUCCUGAAGGAGCUGAUUUCACUGGAAGACUAUUGUAGAUCUUGUAACAAGCAGCCCUUCCAACCAAAACUGGGUGAAGCCUGUUGUGCUCAGUUUUCAGGUAAUGGCAAUUGGUACAGAGCUGUUGUUCUGGAAGCUUCCCAGUCUGCAGUGAAAGUACUGUAUGGAGACUAUGGCAGCACAGAAACUUUACCCCUUUCAAAGGUGCUGCCAAUCACUGAUUCCUAUUUAAAGCUGCCUUUUCAGACAAUUACGUGUUCACUUGCAGGAAUAGAGAAAGCUGAGUGGUCUCCAUUAGUGCUUGACAAGUUGAAAAAACUAUUAUUAAAGCAACACGUCACAAUUACAGUGAAAGGGAUUAAUGGGAAUGUUAAUUUAGUAACAGUGGAGAAACACUUGGACAAUGGUUAUGUGAAUAUAGCUGACAAACUGCUGAAGGAGGGUUUGGUCACAUCCUGCACUGCUGAAAAAUCUCAUAGUGAACAUCAAGGUAAUGGAGGUGAGACCACCUGCUGCUGCACAGAAUUAAAAGUCCAACUUGAAAAGCAUAAGCAAGUCCUACUCUUUCUUUUAAACAAGUUUGGGAAUCCAGAUGGAUUCACUGAUAUGAAAAAUCUGUUGAAGCAGUAAAUCUCUGACAUGCACCAUUUCUUUUGCAUGUCCACCAAGUUGCUGCAGUUCCUUUUUUAGAAGAUCAAGAGCAUCAGGUUAAAAAAUGAGAGUCACUUUGUAGAAACUGUGCUGUUUAAGUACCUGCAUUUAUCUGUAUGCUUGGAUUGUUACUGUGACACAAGUAUGUAACUUAGAGGAUUGAAAAGCUGCAAGCUAGAAUUUCUGUUCUGUUCUCGUUUUAUUGCACCAUGUGCUACUAAACUUUUUGCUUGUAUUUUCUUGUUGAAUGCACAGAAGUUCAUGGAAUGGCCAUUACAUUGUGAGUCUGUUCUGCAGACUUGCAUUUGAAAUUAUUGUAAUUGUAAGGCUCACUUAACUUUGGUGCCAUUUAUAUUACUUGAAAAACUAUCUUUUUUGAUUACUCAUCUUUCAACCUAAUUUCUGGUCUGAAGUUAGACAGAGAUUUGUUCUUCAUAAACUUGAUUUCAGCAUCAUUAAAGGUUGAAUGCUGUCUUGGACUGCAU